GCCCCCGUUUCCAGAUUCCGUUGUUUUCUCCUCUGAACCAGUGGAAGAGCUCCGCGCAUGCUCUAUCAUCUUCAUUGAAUUUUCCCCAAGCCUUUCUUCGUGCUUUUCCUCGUCGACUGCCGCGAUGAGUGAGAAGGAGCAGGCUUUCAGCACGGCGGUGGCUGAUGAAUCCUCCCCGGAGGCAGCCACCGUCCAUCUCAAGAACCUAAAGGAACAGCACCAUUGGGAUCCGAACCUUCCCGACGAUAUUGCCGAUGAGAUCGAUGAGGCCCUUCAUACAGAUGACAAGGGUGCCCGCGUGGGCAUCACGCAGGAGCUCCUCGAUAACUCGCCGUACCCUGAGGUGCGUGCGGCCGUGCCCAACUACGAUGAAGGAGGGCACACCAACACCAUUCGUGCCUGGACCAUUGGUUUGAUCUUUGCGACUAUCGGUUCGGCGCUUAACAUGCUGUUCUCCAUGCGUGACCCCUACAUUGUUAUUCCUUCCUACGUUGCCCAGGUUGUCGCCUACCCUGUUGGUGUCGCAUGGGCGAAAUUCGUUCCCAGCAAGAAGUUCCGCGUCUUUGGAAUCGAGUGCAACACAAACCCCGGCCCCUUCAGCAAGAAGGAGCAUUGUCUCAUUGUCGUCAUGGCCAAUGCUACCUUUGGUGGUGGUGCUGCUUAUGCGACUGACGUCUUAUUGGCCCAGCGUGCCUUCUACAAGCAGCGUUUCGGAUGGGCAUUUGAAAUCUUCAUGUGUAUUUCGACUCAGAUGCUCGGGUUUGGUAUGGCUGGGUUCUUCCACCGCUUCCUGGUCACUCCGGCGGCCAUGAUCUGGCCUUCCAAUCUGAUCAACUGCACCUUGUUCUCGGCGCUUCAUGACCACAGCAGGCCCGAUCCCACCAAGGUAGCCGGAUGGAGGAUUGGCAAGUACCGUUUCUUCCUCUACGUUAUGAUCGGGUCCUUCUGCUGGUACUGGAUUCCCGGCGUCAUCGCCCCGUUCCUCAGUGUCUUCGCCUGGGUGACCUGGAUCAAACCCCAAAAUGCCGUGAUCAACCAGCUCUUUGGCGGCGAUACCGGCCUGUCUCUGAUCCCUAUGACCUUUGACUGGACGCAAAUCUCCGGCUUCAACUUCAGUCCCCUAAUCGCCCCGUGGCACGCCAUUGCCAACACCCUUAUUGGUAUGUUCAUUUUCUUCUGGAUCGUCACCAUUGGCAUGCAUUACAGCGGCAUGUGGUGGUUCGAGUACUUGCCCAUCAGCGAUUCGAACAGUUACGACAACACUGGUGCGCAGUACAAUGUGUCCAGGAUCAUGAACAGUGACUUCACUCUCAAUAUUCAGGCGUACAAGGAAUACUCGCCACUAUUCCUGUCCACAACCUUCAGUCUUUGCUACGGACUGUCAUUUGCGACCAUCAUUGCUAUUCUCAUUCACACCGGUCUGUUCCAUGGUAAAGAACUGUGGGUGCGUUUCCGCAACUUUGGCAAGGAAGAGGAGGAUGUUCACGCCCGCCUGAUGUCCAAGUACAAGCCGGUGCCCCUCUGGUGGUAUGCCGCAGUCACCCUGAUCAUGAUUGGAAUUGGCUUGGGCAUGGUCCUGGGAUACCCCACUCACCUGAGUUGGUGGGCGUUCUUCGUUUCUCUGAUCAUGGCAGUGGUGUGGUACGUGCCAAUUGGUAUCGUGCAAGCCGCCACCAACAUCGCCAUCGGUCUGAACGUCUUGACGGAGUUCAUUGUCGGCUACAUCCAGCCCGGAAAGCCCAUGGCCAUGAUGUUGUUCAAGACCUACGGCUACAUGAGCAUGUACCAAGGACUCUACUUCAACCAGGACAUGAAACUAGCGCACUACAUGAAACUCCCCCCACGAGUCACCUUCUCCGCCCAAAUGAUCGCUGCCCUGUGGUCCUCGGUCGUCCAAAUCGCCGUGAUGAACUGGGGUCUCGCCACCAUCAAAGACGUCUGCAGCGAAACCCAAGCCGACAACUACUCCUGCCCCAACGGUCGUGUCUUCUACCAAGCCUCCGUGAUCUGGGGUCUGAUCGGACCCCAGCGCAUCUUCUCCCCCGGUCAGCUCUACUCCGGCCUCAUGUGGUUCUGGCUCGCCGGCGCCAUCCUCCCUGUCCUCAUCUACAUCGGCGCACGCAUGUACCCCAAGAGCCAGAUCCGCUUCCUCAACGCUCCGCUCAUCUUCGGCGGUGCGGGUCUCAUUCCCCCCGCCACCCCCCUCAACUAUCUCACCUGGGGCCUGGUGGGUCUCAUCUUCAACAAGUACAUCCGGGACCGCUGGCGCGGCUGGUGGAUGCACUACAACUAUGUCCUGUCGGCGGGUCUGGAUGUCGGAUUGGAUUUGUGUACCAUCCUGAUUUUCUUGACCCUCGAUUUGACCAGUACUAGUUUCCCGACUUGGUGGGGUACUAGUAUUACCAGUACUACUAUGGAUAUGGCGGGUACUGCGGUGCAGAAGAUCGUGCCAUCGGGCCAGACAUUUGGACCGAAGACUUGGUAGUGAGUUGCAGGAUUGGAUGAGGUGUAUGUUGGGAUGUGUGUAUUGAUGAUGAUGAAAGGUGGAUGGACUUCUUUUCUUCUUCUUUUUGUGUGUAUAUGCUACGCAGCUAUGAUCACGACACCCCUAUCUCUGCUAAGCUAUUAGUGUAAUCCAUAAUGUGAAUACUUGUGACAUAUCAGUUUGCUUUGUUUAUGGGGUUUGAUGGAUGAUGUCUUCAUUUAAGGAUUAUUUCUUAAGACGUGUGAU